AUGGCAGGCGUGCCGCCGCCCGUGAAGUCCGCCAAAGCGGGGUUGGAGGAGACCCCGGUGGAGCAGCAGGUGCAGAACAUCCGCAUCACGCUCAGCUGCAUGAACAACGUCAAGAGCCUCGAGAAGGUGUGCGCGGACCUGGUGCGCGGAGCCAAGGAGAAGCGCCUCAAGGUGAAGGGCCCCGUGCGCAUGCCCACCAAGGUGCUCCGCCAUACCACGCGCAAGUCCCCUUGCGGCAACGGUACCAACACGUGGGACACGUUUGAGCUGCGUGUGCACAAGCGCGUGAUCGACCUGGUGAGCCCAUCGGAGGUGGUGAAGCAGAUCACGUCCAUCAGCAUCGAGCCGGGGGUCGAAGUCGAGGUCACUGUCACCAGCGCUUAA